CAGUAGUCAACAAGAAAACCUUUUUGGCUUGGCUUUCAUAAUCGAAAUGGCGGCCCAGGAUUCAAAUGCCAAAAUUAAUAAUGAUGUUAUUAAUGAACUCAUAAAAGCGCAAGAAUUAGUGAAACCUUUUUCACAAGCGUACAAGGUGUUACAACAAGAAAUUGAUCGUCUUCGCAAUCCAGACUCAGAUGAAGCACAAAAGAAAAGUCACGUUGAAGUGCAUUCUGGCAAGCAGUUUCGCUUAAGAGUCAAGGUUCACAUUCCAGUUGAUGAACACCCAAAUUUUAAUUUUGUUGGAAAAUUACUGGGGCCAAAAGGCAGUUCAUUGCAACAGUUGCAAGAAGCUACACAGACAAAGAUGGCUAUUCUUGGCCGUGGCUCUAUGAGAGAUAAACAGAAGGAAGAGGAACUUCGAAAUCAAGGUGAUCCCAAAUAUUCUCAUUUACAUGAAGAUCUUCAUGUAGAAAUAACUGCAUAUGCAGCACCUGCAGAGGCAUAUAGAAGAAUGGCAUCUGCCAUUGCAGAAAUACAGCGUUUCUUAGUACCCGAGAAUGCUGCCCCAUUCAGGCCAGAUCAAGAAUAUUUUGAUGAGAUGCGUCCUCAGUAUGAUGGUAAACCAAAGCCACCUUUUGUUGGGGAUGGACCUCCACACAUGGCACCUAGAGGUCCUCCUUUACCUCCACGACCACCUAUGGGUCCACCUAUGAUGGCAGGUAGGGAACCACCGCCACCACCAAGGCGACCUGUCAUGGCUCAGAGUUCAUACGCAGCUCCCGAAGGUGAAGAAUGGGCGGCACCACCUAGGCCGGCUCCAAGGAGGGGUGGAUAUGCUGCUCCAGCUGGACGUCCUGCAGCUAGACCUUAUGAAGAACCAGCAAAUGACUAUAAUAAUUAUGGUGAAGGCUAUGCUGAAUACAAUUCUGGAACUGCUUCAUCAUAUUACGAUUAUGCUGCAGAUACUGAUGGUCAUUAUGCAGAUGGCUAUGGAGCCGAAGAACCACGUGUGCCGCCGAUCAGGAGUGGAGGUGGAAGAGGGCGAAGUAAUGCAAGGCUCCAAUCUCACCCCUAUGCAGGUGCCACUCGACGUGGCUAUUGAUUUCAUAACUGGCAUUUUGUUUUUACCAUCAUAGCGUUAUCAUUGACGAGACAUAAUCAUGAUUUGAAGUCAGUAGUCCAGCUCUCACUAAACCACUUUUGAUCAAGCAUUUUGUUUCCUGUGGAGAAUUUCCAGCUCAUGUAAAAUUUCCUGAUGUACUCAUCUUACUUUAAAUUGUCAUUUUAAACAUCAAUUAUAAAUAAAGUGGAUUUCAAAAAUUUC